CCUCCAGGCGCAAGUUGAAGCAGCAGACGAAGACAACAGCAAGAUGGCGCCCCCUCCGCAGUACGUCAAGGCCGUGGCGCUCAAAAACUCGACGUCGCACCCCGUUAAAGUGACGGCGACCUUCGGCUCGGACGAGUUCGAGGCCGAGGGCAAGGCCAAGAUCCACGAGACGCGCGAGCUCGCGCCCGGCGCCGAGGCGAGCAUCAAGGAGCACGAGUACGACAUGGGCGGCUGGACGGCCGUGGCCGCGCUCUACUCGCUGGAGGUGGAGCACUCGACGGACAGCGGCCUGCUGGGCAAGACGCUGUACACGCCCAGCGUCAGCGGCAUCGUCGACGUGCUGCACGUGGACAUCGGAGCCGACGACAGCGCCAAAAGCUUCAAGGUCGCGGCUGUGCGCGAGGCCUGAGCUGGCUGCAGUGCUGCAGACGCCUCUAACUUCCUCUCGACUGCGGCUGAAGCGCGCGUCGUUUCCUUUUCGUUCUCAAACAAAAAUCUGUUUUCUUUUUCUUUUGUUU